CCCAGCAGCCCUGACCCCCCCGCCCCCCAGGGCCAGCGCCCCUGUGACCUGGCGGACGAGGAGACGCUGCCCCUGCUCGAGGAGCUGCAGCGGCGGCAGCACCACGUGAGCCCCCCCCGACCCCCCUGGGACCCCCCAACACCCCCUGGGACCCCUGGGAUCCCCCAACAGCACCUGGGACCCCUGCCACUAAGGGGUCCCCAACCCCCCAGGACCCCCAAACCCCAGGGGAAAUGGCUGGGGGGGGGGCAACAGACCCCAACCCCACUGCGGGAGCCCCGAAAGCCCCCAGGGGGGGGCCCAAACUGCUGCCCCUACUUGGAGAGGGGGGACCCCAAAGUGGGAGUUUGGGGGGGGGGGUGUGUCCUGGGGCCCAGCCUGGAACGAGAGGGGUGUUGGGGGGCCAUCCGGGGGGGGCUCGGGGUCCUGACCCCGCCCCCCCCCCCGCCCCAAACCAGCUGCGGGAGCCAGAAGGAGCCGGGGGCGGCGCCGGCCCCCCCGAUGGUGCCGGACCCCGACGGCGCCCCGGCACCCGCCUGGGGCGGCAAGCACCGCCGGAGCUCCAUUUGCCGCAUGAGCAGCCGGGACAAGAUGUCGGUGCAGGAUCAGUCCAAGGAGCGCCCGGGGCCCCUCCCCCCGCCCGGGGGAGGACGACAGCGGCGACGAGGGGGGGGACGGCGACCCCCCCCCGCAGGGCCCCUCCACGGCCCCGCCUCCCCCGAGCUGCCCCCCCCAACGGCCCCCCCGCCGGCAGGCCCCCCGCCGGGGGGUCUCUGCAGGACGGGCAGUUUGGGGGCGCUGCCCCCUCCCCCCCCCAGCCCCGCCGGCGCCGUCCGACGCUCCGCCUCCUCCCCCCGCCUCGACGCCCCGCCCCAGCAGCAGGACUUCUGGGAGCUGCUGCAGACAUGGAGCCGCGCCCCGAUUGGCUCAGGCUCAGCCAAUGAGAGCCCGGCCUCUCGGGAGCCAGCCAAUCGGGAAGAAAGGAGCCUGUCAGGUGACCUGAACAAGGAGCCGCGCCUGGCCCGCGUCCCCCCGACCCCCACCCGCCGCCUCUUCGCGCCCCCCGACGCCGACGCCCCCCCCGACGGCGACCUCCCGGCCAAGGCCGACGCCGACCCCCCGGCCCCCGCAGCCCCCAGGUCGUACCAGGCCCCGGUGCGGGACGAGGAGUCGGAGUCGCAGCGCAAGGCUCGCUCCCGCCUCAUGCGCCAGUCGCGCCGAUCCACCCAGGGCGUGACCCUGACGGAGCUGAAGGAAGCGGAGAAGGCGAUUGGCCGCGGCGGUGACGGGCGGGGCGCCCGAGCAGCGAAUCCGAGAGGAGGAGAGGCGGGACCAGGAGGAGGGGGAGCCCCUGGAGAGCUCGGUGGGGGGCUGGGGGGGAGCUGGGGCGGGGGGACCCCGCCCGCCGCACCCGGCUCCCAGCCACCCCUGGCCCGCAGGCGAAGAAAGGGCCGGAGGCAGAGGCCGAGCCGCGGAGCCGCCCGGGGGGUCGGGACCGUCGGAAAUCGCGGCGGGGGUCCGGCACCGAGGGGUCAGAGAGCGACGAGCCGGGGAGCGGGGAGGACGCCCCCCCCAACAGCCUCCCCCAGCCCCCCAACGGCCUCCUGCCCCCACGCCCCCCCCCACCAGCCCCCCGCCUUUGACUACCAGCAGCUGUACGAGGAGCUCUGGGCUGAGAACGAGCGCCUGCGGGAGCAGCUGCAGGAGACGGAGCUGAAGCUGACCCAGAUCAAGCUGGAGCUGGAGAGGGUCACCCAGCGGCAGGAGCGGAUCGCGGAGCGGCCGGCGCUGCUGGAGCUGGAGCGAUUCGAGCGCCGGGCGCUGGAGCGGAAGGCGGCUGAGCUGGAGGAGGAGCUGAAGGCGCUCUCCGACCUCCGCGCCGACAACCAGCGGCUGAAGGACGAGAACGCGGCGCUGAUCCGCGUCAUCAGCAAACUCUCCAAGUGACGCCGCGACCCACGGCGCGACCCACGGCGCGACCCACAGACCCCCCCCCCCCCACCCCCCCCGACAGCCAAACAGGGGCCCCGUGCCAAAACGAGGACCACCAGCCCCAUUCCCCCUCCUCCCCCACCCCCAGCCCCACAGGAGACCUGUGCCCCACGGCUGCCCCACGGCUGCCAAUCACCCCGGCGGGCAGCCAAUGCUGCUGGGGGCGGAGCCAAUGCUGCUGGGGGCGGGGGUCAAUGGAGGGAGCGGAGUCAAGGUUGCCAUGGGGCUGCCCCAUUGCACUGUGGGAGCGACCGGUGGGGGCGUGGCCAGGGCAGGGUGGGCGUGGUGAAGCCGCACCCCCAUGUUACUGUACAGGCCACGCCCCUUUGCUGGGACCACGCCCUCUGCAUGAGGGUGGGGUGCUAAAGCCACGCCCCUGCACGCUUGCUCUGCCCACAUGCCAAAAGUGGGCGGGGCUACCGCACGCCAGCCCCGCCCCCGGGCCCACGCAUGCCAAUCACCUGCUGCUCUUCCUGCCCGCCCCCUUUCCAAGCCAGGGGCGGGGCUUCCUCAGACCCCGCCCAUCGCCGACGCCCCGCCCCCCCGCAGAUAUUUUUGAGCAAAAAAAAUAAGGGGGAAAAGGAUAAAAAUAAACCAAAACC